CCGGCGCCGCAGCAGCCCGAGGAGGGCGCGGGGCCCGGCGCGUGCAGCCUGCACCUGAGCGAGCGCGCCGACUGGCAGUACUCGCAGCGCGAGCUGGACGCCGUCGAGGUCUUCUUCUCGCGCACGGCCCGGGACAACCGGCUCGGCUGCAUGUUCGUGCGCUGCGCGCCCUCCAGCCGCUACACGCUGCUCUUCUCCCACGGCAACGCCGUGGACCUGGGCCAGAUGUGCAGCUUCUACAUCGGCCUCGGCUCGCGCAUCAACUGCAACAUCUUCUCCUACGACUACUCGGGCUACGGCGUCAGCUCGGGCAAGCCCUCCGAGAAGAACCUGUACGCCGACAUCGACGCCGCGUGGCAGGCGCUGCGCACCCGGUACGGCGUGAGUCCCGAGAACAUCAUCCUGUAUGGCCAAAGCAUCGGGACCGUCCCCACGGUAGACCUGGCCUCGAGGUAUGAGUGUGCCGCCGUCAUUCUCCACUCGCCUCUGAUGUCGGGGCUGCGCGUGGCUUUCCCGGACACCAGGAAAACGUACUGCUUCGACGCUUUCCCCAGCAUCGACAAGAUCUCUAAAGUCACCUCGCCUGUGCUGGUCAUUCACGGUACAGAAGAUGAGGUCAUCGAUUUCUCCCAUGGCCUGGCCAUGUACGAGCGCUGUCCCCGUGCCGUGGAGCCCCUGUGGGUUGAAGGGGCUGGGCACAAUGACAUAGAGCUUUACGCACAAUACCUAGAAAGACUAAAACAGUUCAUAUCCCACGAACUGCCGAAUUCCUGAAGGAGACACCGUGAUUUUACCUCACUUAACUGUGAACACACAAGUCCUCUGUUUUGCACAUGCUCGAACUGGAAAGCGGUCAUGGCAGGAUCACCCGGAGGAGGUACCCGCCUCUCAGUGUUCUGAUCAGAGACCUGAGCAAGUCCCCGUCUUCUGUCCCUCGAGGUCGUUCUGCUCCUCACAGCACGCGGCACCGAAAGGUGGUGACGCCCAGCAUCAUUGCCUGGCGGGAAUGGGGACGAGAGCUGGGCGCGGGCACGGUCGGUUUGCCCCGUGCUGUGUAGACGAUGCUCACAUUGGUUGCUUGGCCGUACCCACGGCUGACGAUUCAUUCCUGCAGGACUCAGCCCUCUCUCCACCAAUGUUCUCAGUACUUGAUAUGCAGCUCUUUUUCAGCUUCUGGAUUCAUGGGUUCGAUCCAUUUGUGAAGCCGUGAUCGUGUAACCGGGACACUAGGGUGAUGAAAAUUCCUUUGUUAAGUUUCGUGACCAUGCCGAUCUCCCCCCCCGCCACCCCAACAAACAAAUCAGUGGAAGGGUAAUUUACUGGAACUAUCAUGAACAGCUUUAUCAACUGGAACCAUAUAAAUAUAACUGGAAUAUUCUUAAAAGGAAACUGGGGUUUUUUUAAGUGUAAAUUUAUUACUAGUCAACAGAGUUUUAAUAUUUUGAUUGUCUGGUUGGUCUAACAAAGAGCCUAGGCAACUUUCCUUCUGUGAAGUCCUCCUUGUAGGCUUUUUUAAAGUACUGUACAUAUUUGCAAUCACAUUGUGCAUAGAUUCUUAAUGGGUACUUUUCUUUUGUCAGGCUACCACAAUGAACUGCAGAUCCCUUGUUUGUAAUGUAAAUGAUUGAAUACAUUUUGUUAAUAUGUUUUUAUUCCUAUGUUUUGCUAUCGAAAAAAAUUUUAUAACAUUUCCAAGACAAAAAAAAAUUACAAGUUUAUGCUUUGAAGAAUUUAUGUAAUGAAAAUUUCAUUAAACUAAUCUUUUUAGUUUAAGACUUCUUUGGGUUUUGACACUGGAGUUGCACCAAGUAAGCAUCAGGCACGUCCGAUGCUUCACCAUUGCUACACGACUCAUCUUGGGCGGGGGUCUGGGGUCGGGGGAUUUCUUUGGUUUUAUUUUAAUUUUUCUUUUCAAAUUUAAAAGCCUUAAAUGUACUGUAAGCCUCAGAUUGUUGUACAGCGGGAUUGCGGUUGAUUCCAGUUUGUGUGCUGUGCUUGGAUACGGCACAGCAGUCGGUCAUGGAAUAAAGGAUGCAUGGAUCA